AUGACAUUUCAAAUCCAUCUAAGAUCAAAAACAAAUACUUUCCAUUCCCACAAGAGCAUAGAUCAAGUUGUGGUUGUCGGGGCGGCCUCCCGCGUGGCUGGAGCGGAGCGCCAAUGUAGGCUUGCCUUUUCCCAGGUGGUCAUCCGGCGGCUUCCCCCUGGUCUCACCCAGGAGCAGCUGCAGGAGCAACUGCGCCCACUGCCCGCCCACGACUAUUUCGAAUUCUUCUCGGCGGACCUCAGUCUUUACCCUCAUCUCUAUUCAAGAGCAUACAUUAAUUUUAGAAAUCCUGAUGACAUCCUUCUUUUUAGAGAUCGUUUUGAUGGAUGUAUCUUCAUUGACAGUAAAGGUCUGGAAUAUCCUGCUGUGGUAGAGUUUGCUCCGUUCCAGAAGGUAGCCAAAAAGAAGCCUAAGAAAAAAGAUGCCAAGACCGGGAGCAUUGAAGAUGAUCCAGAAUAUAAGAAGUUUUUAGAAACUUACUGUGUGGAGGAAGAGAAGGCCAUUGCCAACCCUGAAACUCUACUGGGAGAGAUAGAGGCAAAAACGAGAGAACUCAUUGCUAGAAGAACUACACCUCUUUUGGAAUAUAUUAAAAAUAGAAAAUUAGAAAAGCAGAGAAUUCGAGAGGAGAAACGAGAAGAGCGGAGGAGGAGGGAGUUAGAGAAGAAACGCUUGCGGGAAGAGGAGAAAAGAAAAAGAAGAGAAGAAGAAAGGUGUAAAAGAAAAGAGGAAGAUAAACAGAAGAAAACUACUGAGAAAGAAAUAAGAAUUAAGCUUCUUAAGAAACUGGAAAAGGGAGAGGAACCAACCACAGAGAAACCAAGAGAAAGAGAAGAAAUUGAUGUUGGAGACGGAAAACAUGAAGCCCGUGCUGCUUGUGCAGUCGGGAAAGCCAGACCCUUGGAGAUCUGCCUGGAGGAGCCCAGGGAGAAGUAACAGAACUUUAGAUAAGACAGAAUCAGACAUUCUUCCACCAACCCUGGAACAUCUACAUAAUUGAAGCUUCCUUCAUUCUUAUGUUAUAAAUAAAAUGGGCCCCACAAGAAUGUACCCAUUUUGCCUCAUCAGCCCUGGCCCCUGCAUUUUCCCCUUCUCUCUGUGCCUUUAAAGUGCUGGCGGUUCCAAUUUACCUACACGAAAAAGAGCUACAGUUUGUUGUUUUCCCAGGAAUGCAGUCAAAAUCUUGGAUUAAUAAACCUUCAUUCAUUGAAAAAAAAAAA